CUCGGCGCUGCCUGUGGAGGUGGCCGCCAUCUGUUACUGGGCAUCAUGGCUGCCCUCAGACCUCUGGUGAAGCCCAAGAUCAUUAAAAAGAGGACCAAGAAGUUCAUCCGGCACCAGUCAGACCGCUAUGUCAAAAUUAAGCGCAACUGGCGGAAACCCAGAGGCAUUGACAAUGGGGUGCGCAGAAGAUUCAAGGGCCAGAUCUUGAUGCCCAACAUUGGUUACGGGAGCAACAAGAAAACAAAGCACAUGUUGCCCAGUGGCUUCCAGAAGUUCCUAGUCCACAACGUUAAGGAGCUUGAAGUGCUGCUGAUGUGCAACAAAUCUUACUGUGCAGAGAUUUCUCACAAUGUCUCCUCCAAGAACCGCAAAGCUAUUGUGGAAAGAGCAGCCCAGCUGGCAAUCAGAGUCACCAAUCCCAACGCCAGGCUGCGCAGCGAAGAAAAUGAAGAGGCAGCUUGUAUUGCAUUUGGUACAAAUUGCAGUUUUGUGGCAACCCUGCAUUGA